ACUGUGCGCCGGCCGCUUGCCCCGCCGGUCCGCCCCCGGGAACGAUCGACACAGUCGAGCGCGCGCGCGACCGUUAUCCAACCGACCGAAUUUCAAAUUCAAAAUCGUCAACGACCGUCGAGCAGCAGCCGCCGUCUCGCCGUCGCAGUCCGCGCGAAAACCUUACAGCUCGUAUUUUUUUUUCCUCUUCUUUCGAAAAAAAUAUUUUCCAACCGUCGCUUUUCGCCGCCGCCAACCCAUCGACCGGCUCGCCGAUACGUUCUCCGGCUCCCACGAAACAACAAUCCGUCGAGCAAUCAUCGUCGUCGUCGUCGUCGUCGCCGCCGUCGCCGAGACGCGAACCAGCAAAACUUACAACACACUAGCAGCACACGCACGCACAGACUUACAGACAGCCAUGGUGUUAUCGGACGUCAACGGAAACGGUAAGAAAUCGGCGGCCGAACGGUGGCUGAGACAGCGCAACGGGCAGCGGGCGUCGGCUGUUCGGUGCAUAUUCGGUCCGCCCGAGAAGCGGGCCCAUCUCAUGGUGAUCAUGCGAAACGAGGCGGAAAUGGAACGGAAGCGGAUCGAGUUCGCGGCCCGGUACGAGCCGGUGGGCAUGUCGCCGAGCGAGCGGCGCAACUUUUUCGCGGGACUGAUCAAAUCACCGCCGACGUCGUCGCUACAUCAUCACUACAACAGCGAACAUAAUACAAAAAAUUCGAAAGCCGAUAACCGCAAUUACCACUACCAACAGCAGCAGCAGCAACAUCAUCAUCACUAUUAUCAGCAACAAAAGCAGCAAAAGAACAAUAGUUUCAAUCAACCACCCGACGACGAAAGAAAUUGACUACGAAAUUGACUAUCUAUUGUACGAGGGGGGACGUAUCAUAAAAUCGUAAUCGAUAUUAUAAUAUAUUGUGUAACAUUGUACCUAAAUCGCAACGAUCUCUAACCCCAAAACUCGUACAAAUUUACAGAAAAGACCAUUUGUCCGUUUCCUUCUACAUCUGUCUACGUUAUAAAUCGUCUCAUUUGUUACACGAAAUCCGCGGGUAAUUAAGGUUUUUGGGUGUAUAAUCGGGUUCUUAUUAUAAUUAAAAGUAUAUUCAUUUUUUAUUUCAUUUUCGUUCCGUUCAAAGUGUUUAUGGCAUACGGUUGUUUCGCGCCUGUAAACUACCACUUUGUACCUAUAUUUUAAUACCUAUAAUAUAUUGUUUAGACUUAUUGAAACUUGACGCUCACUACAGAUCCACAACGAAAUUUUUGUAAUACUACACAUAUUAUUUUUUUUAUUAUUACAUUAUAUUGUUUACGUAUUGUUGUCCUGGUUUUACACCAAUACUUCUAUACAUAUUGUGACGCUCGGGUGUGCAUGUAAAAUAAAUAUUAUGUUAUAUUACUGCGAGUAUUAAGCAAAAAAGGGAAAACAUUCGACCCAUGAAUAUUUUUACAAUUUAACAAUCGUCUUAGUAGUGAGUGUGUAACAACGUACGUAAUAAUUAUUUGCUCCCUGCAUCUACACGAACUCAGAUAGAAGAGGUCAAUAAAACUAUAACAAACAACUCGGUUCAACUAUAGAUUCGAAUAAUAAUCGUAAAAUCAUUUAAUUUUAUUACGUUGUACUCCUUUUUUUUUAUCGUCUCGUCUUCGUGUACUGUCAUCGCUAGGCCAAAAACGCUGAGAGUUUACUUAUAUAUUUAAUUUAUAUAAUUUUUUUAAACUCUUAUACCCCCUUUUUCUCUCUUUUAAAAUGUAUUCAUCACCAGAUACUCAAUCGCAGCUAUAUAUAUAUGUGUAUAUAUAUAUUAGCUGUUAAAGAAAUAUUAUAUGCAAUAUAAAUGCUAGUCUAAUUUGUUAUGGUGAGAAAAAAAUAUUUAUGCGUUAUUAAAGUAAUGUAUAUUAUACAUAUACAUUAAUGAGAUUAUUAUAUAUUUAUUUACAAAUAUUAUUAUUAUUAUUAUUAUUAUUAUUUAAUUAUUAUAUAUUUUUUUUUCUAAUCGAUGAAUUAGCGAUUUUAAUAUGCAUUUAUUUAUAUAGAUACCUAUUAUUAUUUUAUGUGGUUAUUUACUUGAUAUAUUAAUAUCAUAUACAGCCAUAAUGGACAUUUUUUAUUAGACAUGAACACUUGUAUUUAUGACACAAUAACUAUUAUUACUAUUAUUUUUAUUAUUUUAAUUUUGACUAUUUUAAUUAUAUAAAUUAUUAUAAAACUUAGACCGAUAUUAACGAUAUAUUUAAAUUGUAAGUAGUAUAUAUUUAUAGAAAGUAGUGUGUAGAAAAAGAAUAUAACACGCGGAAAGUGUCAUUGAGAAUUAUAUUAUUAUAUUAUAUUACAUACGUUGGUGUUUGACGACAAAAUAUAUAACAACUUUUUGUGUUUUUAA